AUGGGUCGUUAUUCGGUGAAGAGAUACAAGACUAAAAGAAGAACUAGAGAUUUGGAUCUCAUUUAUAAUGAUUUGCUGUCGAAGGAGCUGAUCAAUGCUCUCAAGAAUCAAGAGCUUGACGAAACCAAGCCCGGUUUGGGUCAAUAUUACUGUAUCCACUGUGCCAAAUACUUCGAGAACCAGAAUGCUUUGGAUCGCCACGUCAAGGGAAAAGUUCACAAACGACGGGUUAAGGAGUUGACCCAGCGACCGUACUCGCCCUUAGAAGCUGAAGCAGCGGCCGGUGUGAACAUGGAAAAGUUUAUCAAUCUGGUCGAGAAGUAUAAACAAUUGGAACAGUGGAAGCAAGAAAACAAGCCAGAAAUUGAUGAGAUAAUCAACCAGAAGAAGAACUCUCUCGAUGAAAUUCUUACCGGUACCAUUUCUGAGAAUGCUUCUCAAGAAGCUGGCUCAGAUGUUAAAAUGCUGAACUGA